CGAGCCUGCGGAGAUGAUUUUUCUGACAUUGCUAUCUCUUCGUACCGCGGUUGGUCUGCGUCUGCAGAAAGCUCGGCAGAGGACCUCCGAGAGGACCACGCGGUGUUGCAUUGUCGUGAAAAGAGGCAGGAACAGCAUGCAGAAGGAACAUCAAGCAGGCAAUUGCUUAUUUCCACCUACGAAGCCGCAGUGCAGGACGGGGUUUUUCCUGCCUUGAAAGACAACCUUCUCGAUCUCCAUCGCUACACACGCCAACUCGCUGUCUUCGCAGUUUGGUACAUCUUGUCGACCCAGGGCUUUUUCGCAGGAGCAUCGUCCACAUGUAAAAACAUCGGGAGGAAGAACGUCGACACUGCUCCAUCAUCUUCUGAAGUCCUCACCUUCAUCGUUGGACGGGGAUUGCACAGCGAGGACGGCACAGCGCAUUUGGGGCCUGCAGUGGUUCGUUUACUGGAUGAAUUUUCGGACGUUUUGGAGUGGAACUUUCCGAAUCCGGGACGAAUUUCGGUCUCAAGAAAACGAAAAAGUCGUGACCAUUGCGAGAUUACUACCAGGACGGAUGAUAGUACAUGAGAAUUUCCUGUCCCUGUCGCGCGCCGUCUCUCUGCAGCACGUCCAGUGUAAUAAUCAUGAUCACUACUACUUCUUCUUCUGCAACUACAUCUACCAUCGGCAACAUCCUCCGUCAUCUAAAACAGUCCUAGUCACAUUCGUCGGUAACAAGAAGAACAAAGAACAGCAUCAAAAAUCGUUUUUUCGGUUUGCGAAGAGAGAUG